AUGGCGCCUCCACGCCGGCCGAGCAUGGGGCGGCAGAAGAUCGAGAUCCGGCGCAUCGAGAGCGACGAGGCGCGUCAGGUGUGCUUCUCCAAGCGCCGCGCGGGGCUUUUCAAGAAGGCCAGCGAGCUCUCCAUCCUCUGUGGUGCCGACGUCGCCGCCGUCGUCUUUUCCCCCGCCGGCAAGGCCUUCUCCUUCGGCCACCCCUCCGUCGAGUCCAUCCUCGACCGGUUCCUCGACACCUCGCCUGGGGCGGGGCCCGGCCUCUCCUCCGCGGGCGACUGCGCCGUCUCCGAGCUGAACCGCCAGUAUGGCGAGCUGCGUGCGCAGCUGGAUGCCGAGAAGGUGCGGCAGGAGCGCGCCGACGAGACCAUCAGGAAAGAGCGCGCCGCGAGGAGCCAAGCGAUGGCGUGGGUCGACGCGGACCUAGGCGCCAUGGGCCAUGGCGACCUGGUCGCAUUCUGGGGCGCGCUGAUAGGCGUGCAGGCCGCUGUGGCGGCGAGCGCCGACCAGCUGCUGCGUGACGCGCUGCUCCUCGGGCGCAGGGGGCGGCAACCGGCCCAGCUCGCCGGUGGCGCGGCCUUCGACGUCGCUGCGUUCGGCGUUGGCAUGCAGCCGCCUCCAGGGCUCGCCGGAUACGACAUGCAUGGAUUCGGAGGACAGGCUACAAUCCUCGGCCCCCCCUCCUGA